AACAACAUCGAUGAUAUCAACGAACAAUCAGAAUAGUGAAGAGGUUGUCAAACUAUUCGAAUUGAUCAGCCAGCUCUCUGAACAGCUCGGUCAGAAUAGACUAGCAUGUCAUAGUUUACAGCAACAAGCAGAUGAGCUCAAAGAACAAGCACUCCAUACAGUAUCUGGUUUCGCUCUAAGGAGAUACAAUACAGAUAUCACAAAAGAGCAGUUCGAAAUGGAAUGUGAAAGGAUGAAUGCUCACUUAAUGACAGAAAACCAGAAUCUACAAUAUGAGAAUAGACAACUGACUAGUUUGAUGAAGGAGUUUGAGUCUACGGUUGAUAUUAUUAUGGACAAGUUCAGAAUACAGUCAUACUCGACACAGCAGCACGAGCUGAGUCUGGUGAGAUACUAUGAGGAGCUACUAGAGCAAUCAGAGGAAUCUAUGGAGCAGAAUAAUCUUAAUUUAGAGUUGAAUUACAGCAAUCUAUUCCAGAGGUUAUCAGAGCUCGUCGUGAAAGCUCUUAGAAGUCUAGAAGGUGAAUCUGAAGAUAUGGAAUAUAAAACACGCAUCUGCCAACUUGAAGAAGAAAAUAGAACACUUAGAACACUCCUGGGGCUUGCCUUAGAAGACCAACCAGCUAGCCCAGAUAAGCAAGAUAAGCUACAAUUACCAAAGCCACGGUCAUUUAGAAGGAAGGAUGACCAUAUACCAACAAUCAAUUGAUUUUAUUGUAAAUUAUAUUUUAUCGAUCUCUUGAUCCAGAAAUGUCAUCACUG